CGCGGCGGGCGAUGGAGCGCGGGGCCGUGCGGGCCAUGGCGGCGCGGCUGGGCCUGGCCGAGCCCGCCCUGCUCAGAAAAGCUGAGGAGUACCUGCGGCUGUCGCAGGUGAAGUGCACGGGGUUAAUGGCUCAGAUGACGGCGACGAGCAGUGCUGUGAUGUGCCUGGACCUGGCGGCGAGUUUCAUGAAACAACCAGUUGACAGAAGCUAUUGUGUUAAACUCUCUGGUUUGAACAAGACCACCUACCAGAGCUCCAUGAAGUCUUUGGAGUGUUUGCUAGGGGUGAACCAAAAGCUGGGGAUGCGAGACUUGGCUGUGCAGUUCUGCUGCUCAGAGGCAGUGAACAUGGCUUCAGAGAUCCUGCAGAGGUAUGAGUGCAGCCUCUCGGAAGCACAGCGAGCAGACCUGGAUUUCUCCAAACCCCUGUUUCUGACAGCUGCUCUGUGCACUGCCUGCAGGUGUUUGAAGCUAAAAGUGGACAAAACGAAAAUGGUGGCUACAUCUGGAGUGAAAAAAGCAAUAUUUGACCGGCUCUGCAAUCAGCUGGAGAAGAUAAGCCAGCAACUCAGUAAAGAUGUUCCACUGGCUGCAGAGACACCUGACAGCUUGCAGAGCACCCUGGAGCAGUGUGAGCAGGAAGAUGGCUCUGAAGAGGACGAGGAACUCCCAUGUAAACAGCUAAAGACUGAAACAAAUCAGGACUAUGAGGAAUGGAAAAAGAAAAUCCUGGAAAAUGCUGCUAAGGCACAAGAGACAAGGAGUACUGACUCUGUAACACCAGCCAGUAAUGUAACUGCUGCUUGCUCUUAAUUUUAACUCUCCUUCUGCUUUAACAAGAGAUCCAGUAGCAUGUGAAUGGUGGCUGCCUGUCAGACAGCUGAUUUUAUUUAGGUUUUAAGUAUUUAAGAAUGUUUUUUUUAAUAAAUGACACCACGGCGUGAUGGGAUUUUACAGGAAGUGUGUGUGUGCUCACCAGGCUGUGGCAUUAGGGGUAGAAUCGCUUCAUUCUCUUGUUGUGAGAAGCAGGUAACAUUCUAAUGCUACUUUAAGUGUAAAUAAGUUAUAAGUUACAGGCCCUUGGGCUCCUGCCUAGAAGCAAUCAGUAAAAUAAGAGGAAGGGGACUAAUAGUGCCUUGUUAAACUGCAAAGUCAGCAGAGAAAUAAAGCCUUCAUUUUUUUAGUUUUUUGGGCUUUUUUAAAUAAAUAUUGUUCAGUCAAUGAAUCUGAUUAUUUUCACAGGUAUAGGAAUGAAAUCUCUUGUGCUUUUGUAGGGUCCCAAAUACUCCAAGAAACAAUAAGUACUGGAAGGAAAAGCUUUGCAUUAUGACAUUUCUUGGCUGGCACAGGUACUUGGAAUACAAAAUAAGAAACAUGGAGGAGAUGCCUGUGCCUUAAGAAUGAAGAUAUCCAGAGGAAAAGGAUGUUGACUGGAUAAUAGAUUUUUUUUUAUGUCUCACAGUCAUAAGCUUAGAGAAGAAGUCUUUGUUCCAUUUCUCAUGCAUGUUUUCUUUCUGGCCUGUAUCUCUGGACCCACUCAGAAAUACUUUCAGGUUUGCUUGGCAGCAGGGCUUAAACCAAUGUUGAUGAAUACUCUUGUUCCACUUUCAUGAAAUUUAUUAGUAUUAAUUCAGAAAUAUACAGACCAAUGAAUACAACGACAUUCAGCAUGCAGAAACACUGUGGAAGGAAAACAUGAACAAAAGUGGGCCUUCAUAGAAGGUGAUAAAUUAUCAAGAUUCUUCUCUGCCCCAAUUCUGGAAAUGCUGCAGAAGUCAGGACUAUGCAAAGUGAGAAGCACUUGAGUGGAAAAGAUAGCUAGACCAGAGUAAGGCAGUCUUACAAACCUUAUCAUUAGCAACCAACACUUCUGCAAAUUCAAGGGGUGUGAAAGUCCAUAAAGUUCAAAAGAACGUUACAGGUGCCUUUGCUGGAAAGCUACUUUUAGUAAUACUAAUCUCUGUUUUUCCCAAAAGCCCAUCCAGUUCACACCGUUUUGCAGAAUCCAGAAGAGGAAAUCACUGGUUUAAUAAAUAGUGUUGUACUUUUAUCUGA